CUUUGUCAGGUAUAUUUGUUCCAUAUGUGCUGAAUUUUUUUUUUUUAAUACAGCUAUCCGGAAUAAUAAACCGACCGUCUGAAUUAAACUUGGAUCUACAAAAACAGAUUUUAACAGAAUUUAACUCCGGGUUAUUUUCUGUUCGUCCCACAGCCGAGAGGUAGGCUCUAGCGCGAACCAAUGAGAGAGAAGAGCGCGAGGGGAAACAUGGAGGAGAAGAUGAACCAAAACAGUACUGCAGCAACAUGAAAACGCUAAGACGCUAACCAGGGAAUGGAUGCAGUCAUUUUGCGCAAUUGAUUUUUAAAAACACUGUGAACGUAUUGUUUUUAACAGGUUAAUUGACUUAAACGUCGACUUUGUCCAGAAGUGUUGAUAAACAUUCAGUCAAAGUAAAAUGUCACUGAGUGCAUCGUGUGAAUCGGUCUCUCAGAAGAGGACUCUGUCGAGCCUCCUCGAUGGUCGUGUGGUGAAGAGGCAGAAGCAGGGAGAUGGUCAGAGGCUGCAGGAGGCAACGAUGCAGCUGCUGGAGCAGCAGCAGAGCCUCUGCAGUCUGCUCAGGGAGGUGGGGAGUCCCGAUCCAUCCAACAUUUUCCACACUCAGAAUGGAGAGCAGAAACAAGCAGAGUCUGAAGGCAUCUCAUCUGCCAUAGCAGGUUCCCUACUGGUGUGUGAGCUGAGGCGUCAGGCCUCGCAGCUGGGUGUCCCCAUGCCAGUGCUGUCCGUGAAGAUGAUGCUGGAGAGACUGAUGGAGAUCACUGGAACUGAGGAAGUGAGGCAGGAAGAGGACAAGAGGAGAGAACUGCUCACUUCAUCUCAGCGAGUCCAGCUGAGGGUCCUGUUAGAGUCCAGCAAAGACCUUCUGUCCCAGGGAGCCCUCUGCCCUAAACUGCUCUGGCAGGAGUACAGAAGAGAUCAGAGGCUACCCAAGCUGGAGGUUGUGCACCAUUUUCACUUUCAUAACAUCGUCACUCUGAAGUACAUCUUAGAGAGUGAUGAAGGAGUGAAGUUGUGGUUAGUGUCUCAGUUGAAGGCUCUGUGCAGUUGGACACCUCCACAGAGAGAAGAGGAGACCAAACAAGUUCAACAGAAAGUGUUGUCAACUGUGGUUGGAGUGUUGGUGGGAACUGGCUUUGAGCUGAGCUCAGAGGCAGCAGCUGCAGACAGGAGGAUGUCCCUGCUCUGCUGCUCAAUGCUGGACGACAUGCUCUUCUGGCUUCUAGACACAGUGGAUAAGAGUGUGACACUGCAGACUGCAGGAGCUGAGCUAUGGAUUCAGAUAUUUGAUGCUUCAUUGUGUGGAGUUCCAGCGUCAGUGGAUACCCUUCAGUGUUUCUUCACACAUUCCCUGACACAGACUCUCACUUACAAGCCUCGACUAACAGUGUCAGAUGCCAUCACUCUGCAGAACGAGUGGACCUUUGCAAAAGCCAGCCGGUUGUUGAUCUCUCUUUUCCGUCAGCUAGCUGUGAUCUUCAGUGUGGAGCAGCUGCUGUGUCACCUGCAGCAGGUUUUGGAAACCCACGAGGUCAACUGGAAACACGUCCUGUGCUUCCUCUCCACUCUGCUGGUUUACAACCCCUGUGCCCAGACCAGUCUGAGCGAGCUGCUGUCCAGACUGCUCAGCUCUGCAUUUGAAGGCUAUGACCUGGAGAACAUGAUAACGGCCUUCCUCUUGGCUCGACAGGGUGCGCUGGAGGGACCCGCCAUCUUCCCUUCCUACAGCAACUGGCUGAAGACGUCUUUUGGGGGAGUCACUGGCUUCCAUGCGAGCUGUAAGAAAUCUCUGGUGUUUCUGCUGAAGUUCAUGUCUGACUUGGUGCCCUUUGAACCCCCACAGUACCUCAAGGUUCACAUCCUGCAACCUCCAUAUGUACCCGUGAAACAUCGCAGUCUCCUGAUGGAGUACGUCUCUCUGGCCAAGACCAGACUGGCUGACCUCAAGGAGUCGGUGGAGGACAUGGGUUUAUAUGAGGAUGUUUCUGGUGCAGGUGGAGCAUCAUUGCAGCCCCAGUGCCAGUCUGCCCAGGAUGUGGAGAAGGCAGUGUCUCUGUUUGAGAGCACAGGAAGAAUCUCUGCCACAGUCAUGGAGGCCAGUAUUUUCCGAAGGCCAUAUUUCCUGACACGAUUCCUCCCUGCUCUGCUGACACCGAGGAUGCUUCCUGUCAAAUCUGAUGCUCAGAUGAGUUUCAUAGAAGCUCUGAAAAAGGCAGAUAAGAUCCCUGCUGCACACUAUUCCUCCUAUGUGGAGUCCUGCCAGAAACAGAGGCAGCAGGAUGGCAGUGCAGUGUGUUUGGACACUAAUGAUGAUCCUCUGGAGGUCCUGAAGAGUCAGCUGCAGGAGUUCAGAGAGCUGGUUGUUGAGGGAAAUGACAGAGAGAUGUCGGCCCAGCUGUCCAGGAUCUCACACACUCUGAGUGUCAUCUUUCCUGGCCGUCCUGAUGAGCUGAUUGGACAGACAGUCAUCAAACUUCAUAUAAACACCCCUCCGUCCCCCGAGCUCCAUGUCAAAGUUGUCAACAUGAUCCUGAGAAACUUCUGCCAGUGCAUGUUAGACACUUCCAGAGCAAACCCUCCUAACAAACAAAGUCUGUGGGCCUCCAGGUUCGUCAGUGUGCUGCUUGGCAACACACAGCUCGUCUCCAGCCUUUUACACAGACUCUGGGACCUAUUUUAUAACCAGGGCUCAGCGCUGAGUGCUGCCCACUUACUCGGCCUGGCAGCAUUUGUGGUCCAUCUGCACGCCUCCAUGUCCCACAGUCCUCUGGUGCAGCUGGUCCCGCCCAUUCUGCCUAAGCCAGUAGCUUUUGGAGAAGCUCUGAGCUUUGCGCUGGUCUGCAGCACACACACUAACAUGCUCUUCUGUGUCAGGUUGUGUGUGGCAGCUGUGUGUUAUGGGAUCUGCAGAGGGGACUCACUGCCUCAGCAACAACAGCAAGACUACAUCCUCAGCAGCCUCUAUAAGAAGCUUCUGUACCUCAUCCCAAGACUGUUGCCUGAAGCCAGAAGAGCUCCCAUCACUGCUGGGGGUCCAAUAAGUGAAUACCAGGAGGAGAAGCUGCCAGGCCUGUGGAGCAGUGCCACUGACAGCAACACCUGGAGGAAGACUGCUUGGUAUCUGUGGAGGCUCCCAGCGUUCCGUCAGCUACAACACACACCACAAUAUCAGUUAUUGUUCUCAGAAUGGCUGGCUAAUGAGCUCCGAGUACAGAGAAGUGAAGACGUCCUGUCAGACCCAGAACGUCAGGAGUACCAGCAGUGGGCCUGCUUGGAGCUCUACCUGUCUCGUGUGGAGGAGCAGGGAGGCUGUGGAGGAGACAUGAAGAUCCUCUGCUCUCAUCUGCUCAAUGCCAUCAUGGACCAGCAGUUAAGCAACCAUAGUGUGGAAAAGCUAGAUCACAGAGUGUCAGAGAGAGGGACCUGUCUGUCUGACAUCCUGUCCAGGUUACAGGAGCUUGUCUAUGAGAUGGAAGUGACCGACCUCUCUGGCUGCCGUGGAAGCAGAGCUGAUGUGUGCGACUUCCUGUUUGAGUUGGUGUCUCAGAGAUGCUCCUCCACAGUGACCUCCGCUUCACCGAGCAUCAGCACUGAGCUCAGCCUGCAACAUACACUGAACACAUGGAACAGAGUACUGCUGGCUCUCCCAGCAGUAUUAUUCAUUAAAGUAAAGUGUGAUGGAGGGAUGGCGACUCUGGAGUGUGACACGCUGAUACAACAUAUCAACCAGCAUCAGAGGAAGGUGUGUUCUCCAGCUGGCUUGCUGUCCUGCCAUCUAACAUCACACUUCCUGAGAGGUGUGUUAUGUGCCAGUGUACGCUGUGGACGCUCAGGGGAAGAAGUCAACAAAGCCUGGUCUCAGAUCAGUCUACGCUGUCCUCUGCUCCUGGUCUCCACAGUGCACUGGUGGGAGCGACUAUCUCCAAUGCUGUUGUCACUGUGGCAUCGUCUGUGUGAUGGAGAGCCUCUACCAGAGCAGCUGCAGCUCCUCACUGACUGUCAGAACUGGGCUUGCAGUUUAGAGAAGGGGCUGUCGUCGUCACCAGUGCCUGCAGCUGCAGCUCUGCUGCUGGCCACCAGCCUGCAUCGUGCUUGUCAAGGCCGUGGGAGCCACAACCAGGGCUUCAGUGCUGCCCUGAAUGUGCUGCGACCACUGACAGGCACAAUGUACCAACAGGUUCGAGUUUUUUUGCUUUUCCUGUGUGUAAAUGACUAUCUGUCAUCACUCCUGUAUCCUCAGGAGAGGAGAAAUGAGAGAGCUGCAGAUUUCUGCACAGACCUUCUGAUUGUGUUAGUGGACUCUGCUGACUGGCUGCUCAUCUUUAAAUCAGACGAACAAGGUGUUUACCAGUCGAUCGCCAAGGUGACGUCAGAUGAGUUUACCCGACUGUUGCCUUGUGCCUUCUACAGCCUGCUGCUCCAGCAGAGUGAUGAGUUGCUACAGAGGGCUGUGGUUUGCCCAAACUUCCUCCAUACUGCGGUCCUCUGCUACAUCAGUCUGCUGCAGCUUUUCCUGGAUGGACACACACUUACACAAGCCACCGAUCCCUCAGACAAUCAGACGGAGCCUUUUCAGAUUCUGAGCCACAGCAAGCAGUUUCUUCUGAGAGCAAUCUCGCAGACAUCCCUGACAGCUCUGUCCUCCAGCCAGUUCAGACAGCUGGAGUCCCAGUGUGCAGACUUGGACCCAGAGGUGGCAGCAGCUCUUUCUGUGCACCUGGACCCUCACAGCCCGGAGAUGGACUUCCUCUGAAAAAGCUGCAGACUGACGUUCAGGCAGAGGAACUACUAAAUCUUCUGCCCCUCCAUCGAGCUUCUGAGGCGUCUCUUUGGCAGUAAUGUAACUGAGUAUUCAGAAGGCGUUUGUUUGAUCUCAUGUAAUCCAACUUUAUAUUGACACAAAAACGUGUCCCUCUUGUUGUAUUUAUCCAACAGGAAGAUUUGACCAGUGAAGUCAAAAUACUCAGCUUUGUAAAAGAAAGGAAAAACUUCAACAUUUUUAUACAUAAUGCACACAGGACUUUAUUAUACACAUGGACAUCUGAAGCCCUUUUACUGUUUACAAUACAGAUAAGCAUUGUAAUAACUUAAUUAAAAACAGUGACAUAAUAAAACUAAACAUAUUGUCUUGGAAAUCAUUCUGCACAACUAUUUGCACUGUGAGCAGGUUACACUUCACAAUAUAUUCAGGUAACAAGAAUAUUGCAUUAUAGGACGUUCACAACUGCAUUUAUGGAGGUUACGCAGGUUACAUGUGGCUUUUACUGUGUACUUCAGAUAUUAAAAACACUGUCUGUUUAGAUCCAUAUAGCCCACAGGCAGUGUGAAAUCGUCUUUACAUCAGCUCUGUAACAGGCACCAGGAGUGGUUG